AAGUCGUCUGCGUUCGCUUGUCGUGGCAAGUUCACCAGCUGCCACAAACGGAACGGCGGAAGCGGCAAAUCUUUCGCAUAGCGCGAAAUUCAAGCGUUGAAGUCAGUUUCCGGAUAUGCCUGGUGUCUGUUGUCUGUUGUCUGUGUCGAAACGUGAAAGUGAUUAAAAAAUUUUGAAAUUUCAACAACAAAUUUGCAAAGUGAUUUUUUUCGCUUAUUUUCCGUUCGGUAUUCGAGUAAAGGCAAAAACACAAACGUAAGCACAAUAAAUGAUAAUUGAAAAUUGAUGUAGUAAAUGUGUGUUUAUCUCAGUGUCGCUCAAAAUGCACCACUCGUCAUGGAAAUAACACAUUGACCAGCUUACAGCAACGAAAAAUCAACAAAAAUAUUUGCAAUAUUUAUCACUUUGAAUUUCAAUCAAUGCGAAUAUUGUAAAAAGCGGAUGGGUAUAAAAAAAACGCUUUGAAGUAAAGAAAAAACCUCAAAAAAAAAAUGUAUCAGGAAACCAGGAAAGCGGAAAUUAAAUUAAUAGAUUAACCUAAAGCCGUUUGUGAUAACGAAAAAAAUUAAAUAAAAAACGACAGCAAACAAACAUAAGUAUUUCGACAUGAUGACGGGUCUACUGAGUGAUAUAAGCAGCAUUUUGGACGAAUCGGAGUCGACUCUCUCGCCGCUGAAUGCAACGCGAGUCCUCUUUGAGCUGGCCAUGACGACAACAAGCGAGACAAUGAUCCUUGAUGAAAAUGGCAGCAUAUCCUCCACCGAGACACCUUAUGUUCCUUACGCCCGACGACCGGAGACCUAUAUAGUCCCGAUUCUGUUCGCCAUCAUUUUUGUUGUGGGCGUGCUCGGCAAUGGGACACUGAUUGUUGUCUUCUUGAGCGUGCGACAGAUGCGAAAUGUACCUAAUACCUACAUACUCUCCCUGGCGCUGGCAGAUCUGCUGGUUAUACUAACAACUGUGCCGCUGGUUUCCACAGUUUAUGCGGUCGAGUACUGGCCCUGGGGCAGUUAUCUGUGCAGCCUCUCUGAAUUUAUGAAGGAUGUGUCCAUUGGCGUCUCGGUUUUCACACUGACGGCUCUGUCCAGUGAUCGCUAUUUUGCCAUUGUCGAUCCGUUGCGCAAAUUUCAUGCACAUGGUGGAGGACGUCGGGCCACUCGAAUGACCUUGGCCAUAGCUGUUUCCAUUUGGCUGUUGGCCAUUAUCUGCGGUCUGCCAGCGCUACUUGGUAGCAAUUUAAAGCCACUUGGCAUUAAUCAGGAGAAGUCAAUUGUUAUCUGUUAUCCGUAUCCGGAUGCUUGGGGCAUUAACUAUGCCAAGCUGAUGGUACUGCUGCACUUUUUGGUCUACUACGCCAUACCUCUGGUGGUAAUAGCAGCAUUCUAUGUCCUCAUUGCGUUACAUCUGAUGUACUCGGCCAAUGUACCUGGGGAGAUGCAGGGUGCGGUCAGGCAGGUUCGAGCGCGUCGCAAAGUUGCCGUAACGGUGUUGGCAUUUGUUGUCAUCUUUGGUAUUUGCUUUCUGCCCUAUCACGUCUUCUUUCUCUGGUUCUACUACUGGCCCACUGCACAGGAGGAUUAUAACAUGUUUUGGCAUGUGCUGCGUAUAGUUGGCUUUUGCAUGUCCUUUGCCAACAGCUGUGCCAAUCCGGUGGCCCUUUACUUUGUGAGCGGGGCGUUUCGCAAGCAUUUCAAUAGAUAUCUAUUCUGUCGUGGUGUGAGUGGACGGCGCAAGAAACGCAACAACGACACAUUUUGCAUGCAUCGGGAUACAUCGCUGACCAGCACCGCUUCCAAGCGUUAUCAGUCGCGGCACUCCUGCUAUCAGAGCACAAAUACACAGCGCAGCUGUCGGCUGCAGGAGACAACCAUAACGACCCUGCCCAAUGGUGGCACAAAUGGAGCACCCAUCACGGCCGUCUCUCACAAUGAUAUGUCGAGCUAUGAAUUUGCGCCGCUGGGCGAGUUUGGUCCUCUGAAGGCAUCGCAGCUGGCACAGCGUCAACAGGAGUCGUUAUUAAACUAAGUGCAGGUCAAGCCCCCAACGGAGAUUACAGGUCAAGUCGAGUACCAACAGCAUACAGCAUAAUUUAAUAUAUUUUGGAACUCUAAUUCACUUAAAUAUUUCAUACAAGUAGAACCACUUUGCAGAGGCAAAAUUGCGAGAUUUUCGUUUGCUGAAUUCUCUUUUAACUCCUAAUCCACAAACGAAAUACGAACUAAAGCCAAAACCUAUCAAUUUAAGCACUCACCUCAAAAUUGCUUGCCGAAUUUAUAAUUGAAAGUAAUGUAAGAAACUAAAAUAUUUUAUGCAAGUAGAAAAACUUUGAAGAGAAACAUCUUGUAAAAUGUUGUUUAUAAAUCACUUUUAAUUCCAAAUCGAAAUUCGAACAAAAAUUAAAAACUAUCAAUUUAAGCACCCACCUCAAAAUUGCUUGGCGAAUUGAAUGUUGAAAGAGUUUUAAGUUAUAUUGUGUUAUAUACAGUUGAUGAUCGUUUAGUUCUUGAGCUUGUAUAUAUCUAUUUAAAAUGAUGCUAAUGUGUUUUUCAAGUCUAGUCAUAGGUAUUAAGCAGUAACAACGGUAACAAUGUGAGUGCCAUAUUAAAGUAUUGCAGCCGUUACACGGCUUUAAGCUAACCAAAUAACACAAUUUAAUUAAAUUUACAAAUUUCAAAUAAGAUUUAUGGGUAAGAUUUAAGCGAACGAAGGACGUGCUUGACAUGUACUAAAAGGAGCACACGCCAAACAAACCAAGCAAAUCAAUUCGAAAUUCAUUUGUCCUUGUACAAAUACAUAAAUCAACACAAAUAAUAAUAUACAACUGUGUGUAAAUAUAUGUACAUGUACUUAUUGUCCAAUGUCCAAUGAUUUAAGUGUCGAUUGUGCAAUAAAUUUCAAAUUUGUGUGCGUUAAA